AUGAACAGCGCUAGUACCUCUCAGACCUUCCCGUCGUCGAAUCCUCUCUCCGCGGCGGCGGCGGCGCCUCCUCCUCCGCCGGGUUCCUCGACCUCUACCGGGCAUCCCCCAGCAGAACCAUGGAGGAGGGCCCUCGCCAAGUACGCUGGCGCGGUCUUCGGCGGCGCCACCCCGGACAUCCGCGCGGUCCCCUCUCUCCUGAAGGCCUGCGCAGCCGCCGGCGCGGUAGCCCUCGCCGUCAACCUCCACCAGCGGGCCGUCGUCUUUGGCCACCACCAGGACCCUUAUGUCGCCUCCUCCCUCAUCCACGCCUACGCGAAGCUCGGAUACGUGGCAAGCGCCCGCCGAGUGUUCGACGAAAUGCCACGCAGGACCGCCGUUCCCUGGUCCGCCAUCAUCGCCGCCUACUCCCAUUUCUCCGGCGAUCCGAACGCCGCCAUGGCAGCGUACCAGAGGAUGUGGCGCGAAGGCGUCGAACCCAACGCCGUCACCCUCCUGGGGUUGCUCCCCGGAAUCCGGGAGGCGGCUCAGCUGCAGUGCCUCCACGCCACCGCCAUCAGAAGCGGGCUUCAGUCUCAUCUCCCGGUGGUCAACUCCUUGGUCAACGUCUACUUGAGGCUCGGAAGAGCGAGCUCCGCCCGCCACCUUUUCCACUCAAUGCCUCACCGGGACGUGAUCUCCUGGAACACCAUGAUUUCUGGUUAUUCUCGCGCAGGAGCCCUCAGAGACUCUCUGGAGCUAUUCAAGAAGAUGAUGGAGGACGCUGAUUCUGUGCCCGAUCGGCGGACCUUCUCCUCUCUGGUCUCCUGCGCCGCCGCCACCGCUGGAUCGGUUCUUGUCGGAAAAUCGAUCCACGGGCUGAUCAUAACGUCGGGGGUUGACCUGGAUGCUGGCGUGGUGACCUCCCUGUUGACCAUGUACCUGAGGCAGAAGAAUCUGAGCUAUGGCUACCUCCUCUUCGAUCUGGCCGCCAAGAGGGACUCUGUUUUCUGGACCGCCAUGACGGCGGGUCUGGUCCAGAACGAUCGAGCAGACGAGGCCCUGAAACGCUUCCCUAGGGCGUUGAUUUCCGGGGAGGAGAUUCUCGGCUCUCCUGCCAUAGCCAGCCUCCUGGCGGCCUGCGGGCAACUGGGCUCCCUCCAUCUCGGAGCCUCUAUCCAUGGCUACCUCCUCCGCCGGAGCAUGAUCCCCAUGGACCCACCGGCGGAGAACUCUCUGAUCAGCAUGUAUUCCAAGUGCGGCCGCAUGAGGCAGAGCCAGCAGCUUUUCUGGGCGAUGCAGGAGAGAGACCUGGUUUCCUGGAACUCUGUGAUCUCCGGUUUCGUCCAGAAUGGCGAUCUGGAGAUGGCCUUCCGCUUCUUGGAGAAGAUGGUGGAGACCGGCCUCAGGCCAGACUCUAUCACCGUCCUCCUCCUGCUCAAGGGCUCGGCUUCUCUGGGCUCCCUCCGCCAUGGGAGGCCCCUCCACGGCUUCUUGGUGAGGAACCAGCAGUGGCCCCCCGCCGUAGCUGCCAUGACGGCGCUGGUGGACAUGUACUGCAAGUGCGGCGAGCUCCGAGUUGCUCGGAGCUGCUUCGACUCGAUAAUGGCGGCGGAGAGGGACCUGGUCUCGUGGAGCUCGAUGAUCGCCGGAUAUGGCAGCCACGGGAGUGGGGAGGCGGCGCUGGAGCUGUUCUCCGCCUUCCUCUCCACCGGAAUCCCCCCAAAUCGGGUAGUCUUUUUGGCGGCGCUCUCUGCCUGCAGCCACGCCGGACUCGUCGGCGACGGGCUCCGUAUCUUCCGGAGCAUGGCGGAGGACUUCGGCCUGUCGCCGGAGAUGGAGCACUGUGCCUGCGUUGUUGACCUCCUCGGCCGCGCGGGGAUGCUGCGAGAGGCGGCGGCGGUAGCGCGGUCAACGCCCACCUCCGAGGUUCUGGGGAUCCUCCUCGACGCCUCCCGGACUCACGGAGACGCAGCCCUCGCGGAGGAGGUCGCCGCCGAGAUCCUGGCCAUGGAGCCCGCCGCCGCCGGGAGCUACGUGCAGCUGGCUCAGGGCUUCUCCGCCGCCAGCAGAUGGGACGCUGUUGGGGAGUCGUGGGCGAGGAUGAGGUCGCUGGGCCUGAAGAAGACCCCCGGGUGGAGCUCUGUCGAGGUCAACGGCGCCGCUGCCGCGACCUUCUUCGUGGGUCAAUCCUCACAUCCUCAGCACGGGGAGUUGACUUCCUUGCUGAGAAACUUGUACAAGGAAAUGAGGAGCGCCGCCGCCGACGACGACGACGAGGACAAGGACUGA